AUGGCGUCAUCAAACACACCAGAAGCUCAGGAUACUAGCUACGUCGAAAUGCACGACAAAAACGAAGCCGCGCUGAUCGGCAAGCACUGCGAAUAUGACUACUGCAACCAACUCGACUUUCUCCCUUUUUUCUGUCAGUCAUGCCGAAAGACAUUUUGUCUCGAUCACCGAAGCGAAGGGGCACAUAAAUGUACAAAUCCCGGUGCGUGGGCGGAGCGAAAGCGCCAGAGAGAGCUUGCGCAGCCAAGCAUUGGACAAGGAAAGAUUCUAAGGGACAAGGUGUCCCAAAAGCCUUGCGCAUCGCCUGAAUGCAAGACCACAAUCGGCACAUCUUUGACGCCUGGUGUACACUGUCAAACGUGUAACCGAGAUUACUGCCUGAAGCAUCGUCUAAAGGAGGACCACAAUUGCAGUAAUUUAGUACCCAUCGGGGCUCGGCCUAUGCAAUUCGAUGUUGGUCAGAAGACAAAGACGGCAUUCGACAAACUGCGCGCAUGGGGUACAGCAAAGAAAGAGCAAGCUGGCAGAGCUUUGCCCAAACCAAAGCCAAGCUCUGCCUCAGCACGUAUCAUUGCUGUAAACAACCUGAAGAAGACAGCCAAGGGCGACGACAAGACACCUGUUGAGAAGAGGGUGUAUAUCUAUGUGGAAGCCGAGGCAGAAACAGCAAAAGCCAAGUUUCCUAAGGGGGAGUUCUUCUACAACAAGGAUUGGGUUGUAGGCCGAGUUCUGGAUGCUGCAGCAAGGAGCCUGCAGGUACAAAACAUCAACAACCAAAGCUCAGACGAGAAGGACAAGCUUCGCGUCUUCCACGUUGAAGGAGGCAGAAUUUUGGAGUAUAACGAAAAGGUUGGAACGGCGUUGCAGAGUGGAAAUACUGUGGUUUUGUUGCGUGGCGUUGGACCAGCUACCCCAGACCUGAUUGAGGCGUGA